CCUGUCGUCGUCCUUGACCCAAAGGCGUUGGCAGCUGCGAGUCACAAUCUUUGGUACGGUGGACGGCGGCAACCCCUAUAAACCUCCACCUCGGUCUCGCCGCCGCUGCGACGCAGCCAUGAGACCUUUCCUCGCCCGCGUCUUCGCCUUCACUAACUUUGCCAUGGCCUCCUUGCCCACCUCCUCCUAUCCGUCCCGACGGCUGGCCCACAUCACCCGCCACCUCAACUCCGCCGCCUCCUGUUCUGGCGAGCUCACCUCGGUGGGCGCCCCUGCCGCUGCCGCCGACGCCGUCCCCGCGCGCCGCAACCCGGCCUCCUCCAAGGUACACGCCGCCGUUCUGGUUUGCCUCUUCGAGGAUCCUCACAGCGGACUCCGUGUCCUACUCACCAAGCGCGCUUCCUCCCUCAACUCUCACUCCGGGGAGGUGUCAUUGCCCGGAGGGAAAGUGGAGGAGGGGGACGCGGACGUGAAGGCUACGGCUCUGCGGGAGGCGGAGGAAGAGAUUGGGCUGGACCCGGCGCUUGUGUCUAUUGUGACAGUUCUGGAGCCCUUCCUGUCCAAGAAUGGUCUCAAUGUUGUUCCUGUAAUUGGCAUGGUUUCGGAUAAAGCUUUAUUCAAGCCUGUCUUAAAUAAAGCUGAAGUGGAAGACAUCUUUGACGCACCUCUGGAGAUGUUUCUGAAGAUGGUGUCAGUUAGAACAUUGAUUCGAUUAGUUCUCAAAUCUAUCGCAUCCACAGGACGACCACCGGAGAACAAAGGAAAUGAACUGGAUGGGCGUGGACAUCCCCGUCCAGUUUUUCGACUACGAGGCGGAGGGCAAAAAGUUUGUGAUUUGGGGCUUAACCGCACACAUUUUGACCCGUGCCGCAGCAGUCAUUUUUCAGAGGCAACCGCCAUUUGUUGAACUCCCCAGACCCAAAUAUUCAAGUGCUCCCGUCUCUUGCGCUACCGAGCCCAAACCCUGAUGCAUCGUAAUGAUGCUGCAAGGGCUGUUUGGUUCAGAGUUUGGUGGAAAAUGCCUCCCCUGUCCGCUGCCUGAUGAAGGCCUGGACCUUGCUUGGUUGUAGGAAUUUUUCCCCCUCUAAACGUUGCCAGGGGAAGGUACCAAAAUUUGCUUGUACAUUUCUCUAUAGAUGUAAAUUGUACUGUAUGUAUAGCACAGCAAAUAAUACCGGCACAUUUGCCCAUCUCAUUUUGAGAUUCAGGCAAUGACCCUUCGGUGGAAGAGGCGGUUCGCUUCGCUUUGUUGGCAAAAAUGUACUGUAAACGCCAGAAAACAUGAACAGGAAUAUUAUGAAUCUAGGUGCACCUAGUGGAAUUUGUGUA